CUCCGCCCAGCUUCGAGCCAUGCUGCUUUAUCCUAGAAGCAAACUUGCAGCAACCUUCAGAGCCGCUGCUGGGGCGCGCGGACGGUAAAGGAGCGUGGAUGCGCGUGGCAACAAAUUGAAAGCCUGGUCGCCGCACAGGAGAGCAUCUGGCACUGGCUGCAACAGAUGUACCUUCGCUUAAAACACACAGUUGCACUCAUGAGGUCCCAGGGAGUGUUUGGUGGAAGAAGGAAAUCAAGGCGAGGAUGGCGUUGACCGCGCUGUUGCGCGUCCACCCGCACCCUUUGUCGGCCAAGGCACUGUUCCUCCUUAUCAACUGUCUGGGAAUGGCUGACAACGUUUAUCCAAGCGCGCGCAGAUGGCUAGAAUUCAACAUGGCAUUGAUGCAGGCUGCCUCAUUCGACGCCUAUCCUGUGACACCUUCCCUAAGCGUUGCCUUCGCUUAGUUGAAAUUAAUGCGCCUAUGGUUGCGGGUUGGCAGGUGUUUCAUGCGUUUUGUAAGAACUAAGUGAAUGCCGUGACACGCGAAUGGCCGCUUGACGGUAGUGCAGUUGUUGGCCUAGACACAUGCUAACAUGAUGUAUAAAUUAUAAUGACGAGCAAGCACGAAGAAGGCGACGAGUACCAAGAGUCCAGCGAGCCCGACGACGACGAACUAGCGGAAUUAGCUGGCCUAGUACAGGAAUCGGGCAGUGAUGAGCCCAAAGAGACUGGAGACUUGGAGGCAGUCGCCCAGGCACUUCAAGAUGCGCUUACGGUGGUCAGAGCCACGCUGGCCGCGCAAGCAGAGGGCCGACAGGUGAACGCGGAGGAUGCGUUGAAGCCUACAGCAACGGCCUUCAAAAUCCUCAGAGCAGCUACCCGGCCCAGGCGCCGGCGGCUCCUGCCCGAUGUGGAGCUUAGGCAUGAUGCCACAGAGGAGGCUGAACCUGGCAGCAGGAAGCGCCCGCGUCCAGUUCCGUCCCUGCCCUCUGGCGCUGGUGGCGCCGGUGACGCCGCUGGCGCCGGUGACGACGACGACGACGACGGUACCCCUGAGCCGAGAAGGCCACGCAAACGCACGAAGCUGCAGCAGGAUAUGCGCUUUGAAAAGGACCAGAGCGUGAUCAUUGGGCUGCGGAGUGAGCUGAUGAUGCAGACCCACGUGGAGGGCGGGCUGGGGCAGCUGGCAUACUUCAACGUCUUUGCAGACGCCAAGGGCCGGCCUUUCAAGCCCACGGCCGGGCCGAAAGCGCUGGCUGAGCGUAUGCAGACGAUGACGGUCGGCCAAAUGGCUACAGAACACGGCAGUGACACGCUGGUGGUGGAUGCCAUCACUGGCGUCAUGCAGCUGUCAAUUGUCCAGCAGGCCGACACUGUUGCCGCAGUGGAUACCGGUGCCCGUACCGAGAGGUUGAACUGCUGGCUGGACAGUGCCCGCGAGCUGCAGAAGGUUGGUACCAAAAGCGUUCACCACCAGCGCUCCUUGUUCAGCAACAUGGUCAGCGCGUUCGAGAUCGCAAGGCAUUACAUGCAGGACACAGCUGCAGCUGGCGGUGGUGGCAGCAGUGGCGGUGGCCACGGCGGCGGUGGCGGUCGCGGUGGCGGCGGCGGUGGUGGUGGCGGCGGCAAUGCCGACACUGCUUUGCCAGUAGUGCCUGGCCAGCCCGCCGCACCGCCUUCCACGUCCGGCGGCAACGGCGGCCCACCGGCCGGGGCGGCGGUGGUAGCGCCGGCGACAGCGGAGGCGGUUGGUGGCGGCGGUGGCGGUCGCGGUGGCGGCGGCGGUGGUGGUGGCGGCGGCAAUGCCGACACUGCUUUGCCAGUAGUGCCUGGCCAGCCCGCCGCACCGCCUUCCACGUCCGGCGGCAACGGCGGCCCACCGGCCGGGGCGGCGGUGGUAGCGGCGGCGACAGCGGAGGCGGUUGGUGGCGGCGGUGGCGGUCGCGGUGGCGGCGGCGGUGGUGGUGGCGGCAGCAAUGCCGACACUGCUUUGCCAGUAGUGCCUGGCCAGCCCGCCGCACCGCCUUCCACGUCCGGCGGCAACGGCGGCCCACCGGCCGGGGCGGCGGUGGUAGCGCCGGCGACAGCGGAGGCGGUUGGUGGCGGCGGUGGCGGUCGCGGUGGCGGCGGCGGUGGUGGUGGCGGCAGCAAUGCCGACACUGCUUUGCCAGUAGUGCCUGGCCAGCCCGCCGCACCGCCUUCCACGUCCGGCGGCAACGGCGGCCCACCGGCCGGGGCGGCGGUGGUAGCGGCGGCGACAGCGGAGGCGGUUGGUGGCGGCGGUGGCGGUCGCGGUGGCGGCGGCGGUGGUGGUGGCGGCAGCAAUGCCGACACUGCUUUGCCAGUAGUGCCUGGCCAGCCCGCCGCACCGCCUUCCACGUCCGGCGGCAACGGCGGCCCACCGGCCGGGGCGGCGGUGGUAGCGGCGGCGACAGCGGAGGCGGUUGGUGGCGGCGGUGGCGGUCGCGGUGGCGGCGGCGGUGGUGGUGGCGGCAGCAAUGCCGACACUGCUUUGCCAGUAGUGCCUGGCCAGCCCGCCGCACCGCCUUCCACGUCCGGCGGCAACGGCGGCCCACCGGCCGGGGCGGCGGUGGUAGCGCCGGCGACAGCGGAGGCGGUUGGUGGCGGCGGUGGCGGUCGCGGUGGCGGCGGCGGUGGUGGUGGCGGCAGCAAUGCCGACACUGCUUUGCCAGUAGUGCCUGGCCAGCCCGCCGCACCGCCUUCCACGUCCGGCGGCAACGGCGGCCCACCGGCCGGGGCGGCGGUGGUAGCGGCGGCGACAGCGGAGGCGGUUGGUGGCGGCGGUGGCGGUCGCGGUGGCGGCGGCGGUGGUGGUGGCGGCAGCAAUGCCGACACUGCUUUGCCAGUAGUGCCUGGCCAGCCCGCCGCACCGCCUUCCACGUCCGGCGGCAACGGCGGCCCACCGGCCGGGGCGGCGGUGGUAGCGCCGGCGACAGCGGAGGCGGUUGGUGGCGGCGGUGGCGGUCGCGGUGGCGGCGGCGGUGGUGGUGGCGGCAGCAAUGCCGACACUGCUUUGCCAGUAGUGCCUGGCCAGCCCGCCGCACCGCCUUCCACGUCCGGCGGCAACGGCGGCCCACCGGCCGGGGCGGCGGUGGUAGCGCCGGCGACAGCGGAGGCGGUUGGUGGCGGCGGUGGCGGUCGCGGUGGCGGCGGCGGUGGUGGUGGCGGCGGCAAUGCCGACACUGCUUUGCCAGUAGUGCCUGGCCAGCCCGCCGCACCGCCUUCCACGUCCGGCGGCAACGGCGGCCCACCGGCCGGGGCGGCGGUGGUAGCGCCGGCGACAGCGGAGGCGGUUGGUGGCGGCGGUGGCGGUCGCGGUGGCGGCGGCGGUGGUGGUGGCGGCAGCAAUGCCGACACUGCUUUGCCAGUAGUGCCUGGCCAGCCCGCCGCACCGCCUUCCACGUCCGGCGGCAACGGCGGCCCACCGGCCGGGGCGGCGGUGGUAGCGCCGGCGACAGCGGAGGCGGUUGGUGGCGGCGGUGGCGGUCGCGGUGGCGGCGGCGGUGGUGGUGGCGGCGGCAAUGCCGACACUGCUUUGCCAGUAGUGCCUGGCCAGCCCGCCGCACCGCCUUCCACGUCCGGCGGCAACGGCGGCCCACCGGCCGGGGCGGCGGUGGUAGCGGCGGCGACAGCGGAGGCGGCGGCGGCUAGGUCUAAGUUAGUCGCGCACGGCGUGCAGGGCCUGCAAACGCCGAAAGCAGAAGAGCGCAGGAAGCUGUACGACUGCCCAUUGCUGGCGGCUGUGGCGACUAUGUCAGGGAACAAACGAAAAGCAAAUGUGAUGGCACCGGCCUUCACGCUGCUGGCGGAGGCUAUCCGGCGUGACACCUUCAUCAUGAGGGUCGUAUACGACAAGAUGCUGCAACUGCUGGACACCAACGGCGAAGGACAAGGCGGCGGGCAACGUGGACCACGCGGACAAGCCGCGCCACAAGUCUGGUUGCGGGACACCGUAGCUUUAAAGGAGAUCCGAGAAACCUUCUACGUGCCUGGUCAUGUGCCGGGGUCCGCAAUGCUGGAGAUUCAAGCCGGGAAGGUCAAGGACGUGGCGUGCAACAUGAGGCAGCAAAAGCGGGCCCGUGGUGCUGCCAAGGCCGCCAACAUUGCAGCGGCAGGGCGGCGAACUGGAAGGCGCAGGGCGCAGGUGGACACUGCGGCAGCUGGAGAUGACGGUGAUGUGGCGGCGGCAGCUGGAGAUGAUGGUGAUGUGGCGGCGGCAGCUGGAGAUGACGGUGAUGCUGUGCCGCCUGCACCCGCCCGCCGACGCUACACCAAGCGGGGUGCUGCAACCGCGGCUGGUGCUGUACCCAAGAGGCCGCGGAGCGAGAAGCCGCACGAUUUGGCGGCCGCCGGCACUGGCACCGCCGGCACUGGAGGUGCUGCUGCAGGUGCAACAGCUCGCGGCCAGCAGGCGGCCGCAGCGGCGCCCUCAGCGUCUGGUGCAGAGCUGUGUGUCGGGGAGCCGCAGCUGCAGCUGCGACGGAGCCUCCGCGACCUGCAAGGCAGCCAGGCGCAGGGGUCACGCAGUGUUGACGACCAUUCGGCGAGGGCUGGCGGCGGCGGUGGCGCGGGUGCCGCCGGUACGUCAGCGGCGCGCGGCGGUGCUGCCACAGCCGGCGGCCGCGACGCUGUUCAUGUUGAGGGCAGGGCGGAGGACGGCGGUCAUAGGGUGGUGGUGAAGGCUGCAGCCAGGCCGCAGCCGCCCACGAAGGGUGGUGGUGAAGGCCGCAGCCGGCAGCAGGCGGCCGCAGCGGCGCCCUCGGUGUCUGGCGGCCCACAUGACGGACAGGCGCAGCCCACGACGUCACAAGUGGCGGCAUCCCAAGGAACGCGCCUCUCGCAGCGCCUGCGGAAUCAGGAGGCCCGCAGGAAGAAAGAAGCCCACCAGCAAGCCGGCUUGCCCGGCAUGCCGGAGGCCGAGGAGGACGGACGCGAAGGCGGCGAUGACAACCGUGGGCUUGGCGGCGCUGCUACUGCCGCCGCUGGUGGCCCCAACGCCGCGGUGGCUGAGGGCAGGGCGGAGGGUGGCAGCAGUGGUGGCGCAAACGGUAGCGCUGCUCGUCAUAGCCUGCAGCAGUAUCACCCACCGCCCUGUAUUGGGCAGCACAACAGCCCCCUGGCGGCGCCAUCUCGGGAGGACUCGUCGCCACCCAGCAACGCAGGCGGCUCUAUAGCCAACCGCUGUGGCACCGCCUCAGCGGCGAGUGGUUGCGCUGCCAGCGCACGGGACAGAGGGGAGGCUGCCAGAGGCAGGGUCUCACAGGAGGCUGCAGCACCCGCGCCCUGCACCGCAGCCCGCCGAGACCACGGCGAGCCAGUCCGCGCAGUCGCAGCCACCAGUGCACGUGUGGCAGCUGCUGCUCACCGACAGGCGACCGCGGGGGCCACGACCACGCAGAGCCGCGGUACCGCGCCAGCCCUCCAGGCGGAUUUACAGGAGGCAUGGGUGCCGGCGGCUGGCAUGAAGUUCGUGUAUGUCGCUGAGGCUGCUAAACCCGAUGACACGCUUGUCGUACGUGUGGCCCGCGGCCCGCGCAAGGCGCAGCCCACGACGUCGCAAGUGACGGCAUCCCAAGGAACGCGCCUCUCGGAGCGCCUGCGGAAUCAGGAGGCCCGCAGGAAGAAAGAAGCCCGCCAGCAAGCCGGCUUGCCCGACGUGCCGGAGGCCGAGGAGGACGGAGAAGUCCGGCAGUCGCCCAAACGUCAGCGCGGACCGGCAGGCUGGCUGCAUCCCCGUGGCCCUGCCGAAGGCGACGAUGACGACCGUUGGGCGGGGGCUGGCGGCGGCGGUGACGCGGGUGCCGCCGGUACGUCAGCGGCGCGCGGCGGUGCUGCCACAGCCGGCGGCCGCGACGCUGUUCAUGUUGAGGGCAGGGCGGAGGACGGCGGUGAUGAUGUUGGCGGCAAGAAGGGUGGUGGUGAAGGCCGCAGCCGGCAGCAGGCGGCCGCAGCGGCGCCCUCAGCGUCUGGUGCAGAGCUGUGUGUCGGGGAGCCGCAGCUGCAGCUGCGACGGAGCCUCGGCGACCUGCAAGGCAGCCAGGCGCAGGGGUCACGCAGUGUUUACGACCAUUCGGCGAGGGCUGGCGGCGGCGGUGGCGCGGGUGCCGCCGGUACGUCAGCGGCGCGCGGCGGUGCUGCCACAGCCGGCGGCCGCGACGCUGUUCAUGUUGAGGGCAGGGCGGAGGACGGCGGUGAUGAUGUUGGCGGCAAGAAGGGUGGUGGUGAAGGCCGCAGCCGGCAGCAGGCGGCCGCAGCGGCGCCCUCGGUGUCUGGGGCUUGCGGCGGCCCACAUGACGGACAGGCGCAGCCCACGACGUCGCAAGUGGCGGCAUCCCAAGGAACGCGCCUCUCGGAGCGCCUGCGGAAUCAGGAGGCCCGCAGGAAGAAAGAAGCCCGCCAGCAAGCCGGCUUGCCUGACGUGCCGGAGGCCGAGGAGGACGGAGAAAUCGGGCAGUCGCCCAAACGUCAGGGCGGACCGGCAGGCUGGCUGCAUCCCCGUGGGCGUGGCCCUGCCGAAGGCGACGAUGACGACCAUUCCGCGAGGGCUGGCGGCGGCGGUGGCGCGGGUGCCGCCGGUACGUCAGCGGCGCGCGGCGGUGCUGCCACAGCCGGCGGCCGCGACGCUGUUCAUGUUGAGGGCAGGGGGGAGGACGGCGGUGAUGAUGUUGGCGGCAAGAAGGGUGGUGGUGAAGGCCGCAGCCGGCAGCAGGCGGCCGCAGCGCGCGCUGCCACAGCCGGCGGCCGCGACGCUCCUCGUGUUGAGGGCAGGGCGGCGGACGGCGGUCAUAGGGCGGUGGUGAAGGCUGCAGCCAGGCCGCAGCCGCCCACGAAGGGUGGUGGUGAAGGCCGCAGCCGGCAGCAGGCGGCCGCAGCGGCGCCCUCGGUGUCUGGGGCUUGCGGCGGCCCACAUGACGGACAGGCGCAGCCCACGACGUCGCAAGUGGCGGCAUCCCAAGGAACGCGCCUCUCGGAGCGCCUGCGGAAUCAGGAGGCCCGCAGGAAGAAAGAAGCCCGCCAGCAAGCCGGCUUGCCUGACGUGCCGGAGGCCGAGGAGGACGGAGAAGUCCGGCAGCCGCCCAAACGUCAGGGCGGACCGGCAGGCUGGCUGCAUCCCCGUGGGCGUGGCCCUGCCGAAGGCGACGAUGACGACCGUUGGGCGGGGGCUGGCGGCGGCGGUGGCGCGGGUGCCGCCGGUACGUCAGCGGCGCGCGGCGGUGCUGCCACAGCCGGCGGCCGCGACGCUGCUCGUGUUGAGGGCAGGGCGGAGGACGGCGGUGAUGAUGUUGGCGGCAAGAAGGGUGGUGGUGAAGGCCGCAGCCGGCAGCAGGAGGCCGCAGCGGUGCCCUCAGCGUCUGGUGCAGAGCUGUGUGUCGGGGAGCCGCAGCUGCAGCUGCGACGGAGCCUCGGCGACCUGCAAGGCAGCCAGGUGCAGGGCUCACGCAGUGUUGACGACCAUUCGGCGAGGGCUGGCGGCGGCGGUGACGCGGGUGCCGCCGGUACGUCAGCGGCGCGCGGCGGUGCUGCUACAGCCGGCGGCAGCGCCGCUGCUCGUGUUGAGGGCAGGGCGGUGGACGGCGGUGAUGAUGUUGGCGGCAAGAAGGACGAAGUGGACCUGAUGGACUCGGAUGACAGCAUCACUAGGCCGCCCCCCCUGCCGGUGUACCGCGCUCCGUACGUGGACUUGACCGUGUACAGCCCCGAGAAGAAGGCAAGCCAGACGGUUCAGUCCAACAUCGAGAUGGCCAAGGAGUUCAUCACCCAGCAACCCCCAACAUCUCGCGGGUACAGCCGCCGCAUCAGUACCCUCUUCAACACCAUCAACAACUUCACGACCCACAAAGAGCUCGACGAGCCCUGCAACGCCAUCAACAAGCUGUCGCACGGCGAGGCACUAUCACUACUGCACCCGAGCAUGAUGACGUCAUCGUCCAUGCUGGCCGUCUGUCGCACAUUCCGCAUCAAGUACAAGAACACGCUCUUCAUCCACCCAGAAUGCUGGAACUACAUCGCGCCGACUCAGACUGGGUUUGACCCGGUGACCAAGGACGGCGGGUCCAAGCUGUACAAUGUCCUGGGCAUAGAAUCGCUCAGGAGCUUUGACAGCAUCGAGGUGGUCGUCGGCAUGCCUCUGCACUGGGUCGUGGUGUCCAUCCAGGUCGCUUCGGGCACCAUCGCGCUGUACGACUCCAACCUGUCGCCACUAGGGGAGGAUGACGAGGUGGAUGUGGCGGAGGCUGGGCUCACAUGGCCUGACGAGGAUGCGCCGUGCACGCAGCCGGACGUGCUUGUGCACCGGUGGCUGCAGACGGACGGCAGCUUCCCCGGCAAAGAGUGGCACCGGCGCAGCUUCCCGUUUCCGCAGCAGCCCGAUGGGAUAAGCUGCGGCCUCUACGCUGUAGAGGGCAUGCGCGCCCGUGCUCUGGCCGGCGGCGGCGACCCAGACUACAGUGCAAUCAAGCGACCGCCACGAGUGGGCGCAGACGGCAAACGCCGACUGCAGCAUGUGUUGGAUAUGGAGUACAAGAGCAAGUUGCACACGCAACGGCGCGCCCUGCUGGAUGAGUUGGUGCGCUUCAAGGGUGACAUCCCAUUUUAGAGGACGAGAGGUUGAGGGGAGGUGACAUCUGGUCGGCGCGGUAUCCCAUCCCACGUGGCCUGUUGUGGUAAAGACGUAGUGGGCCUGUUGUGGUCAGGACGGCUGGAUUCCACGCGCUUUACAUUGUCCAUGAACAUGUGUGGGCCAGGUGAUGGAAAGCCGCAAGACUGAAUGCGUAUGUUUGUUAGAAAAACAAAUGGAAGGAAGCCCGGUGAGCGCGGGGUGUAGGCGACUAAGGCGUGCAGGCGCGCCGCAACCUCAAACUCGUGUGCGGUCUAGAGUGGCGCAGUCACAGCGGUGUGUGUGUGUGUGUGUGUGUGUGUGUGUGUGUGUGCGUGUGCGUGUGUGUGUGUGUGUGUGUCUGUGUGUGUGUGUGUGUGUGUGUGUGUGUGUGUGUGUGUGUGUGUGUGUGUGUGUGUGUGUGUGUGUGUGUGUGUGUGUGUGUGUGUGUGUGUGUGUGUGUGUGUGUGUGUGACGCCAGCAUAUGGCAAACAAUUUGCAACGGCAGUGCAUGAGCGCGCGGCUGGUCGAACUAACUGUACCGAAAAGUUGCUGGCUGGCUGGCUGGACGUGUCAAGCCCAUCUGCCGGCAGUGCAUAUCGCCGUCACAGGGCGUACGGGUCAGUGCAGGUCAAGGGUUGACGUGUGUGUAGGCUAGGGUUGGUGUGCGUGUGCGUGACUUGGCGAGCAUGAGACUGGCCGUACGGUUGUUGGGGCGCACUUAGCUGACGGUGACGCCUAGUAUCAGCGCUGUCCGCUGAUACUCCAGAUUGGCACUACAGUAGAUUGCUUAUGUAACUGUGACCUCGAUCCCCGGUAGCUCAAUUGGUAGAGCAUGCCGCUGUCACAUGGCAGACCCAGGUUCGAAUCUCCGAUUCGGCCAGGUUGAGGCUGACAAGUAUAGAUGCAGGUUCGGAUCCUGCCCGGGGAACCGAGUCAGUAUUCCGGUAUGGAGUCCGCGGUACUGACAGAAGCGUUGUAGCGACUCUCUGGGUUCGGAUCCCAUUGUUGCAACGUGGAAACUUCACGAUGGCCGAAUUCGGAGAGUUGGUAGGCUGAUAGGUCCAGAACUUCGGUUCCUAUGGACUGAGUGAAGGUGGAUGCGUGGGGUGCCUCUUGCCAAGGUCCCACAGAGAUACGGUAGGGUUAGCCUCGAUGGGACUCUUCCUUAAGGCACGCGGGACCUUGGUCCGUGCGUAGGUAUUAUUAUUAACUGUGACCUCGAACGAGCAGACUGAUCACCUGUGAGCGCGAGGAGGCCGGGCGUGUUCAGCGGCAGUCAAGUCUAGCACAUUUGGCCAGCUAGCGAACGCGACGUCGAGUAGCGGGUGAAACAUAACCCCUACAGCGAAGGACUGCGACGGCAGUCCACUCGGUCCAAUGCGA